CAUUUAUUUUACUGAAGAUUACAAUAACGUUAUACAUUUAAAUGAUAUAGAUUGUUGUAGCUCAAAAGUUACAACGAAUAAGUCUUGCAUUUCUGCAUAUCAACGAGCCUCGCGGAAAUGCAAGAUUGCUAUCACAUUUGAGCCUUGCAUUUCAGCAUGGCAAUGAGCUGAAAUGCAAGAGCAUAAAUUCAGCAUCCACGCGCGAACGAAGGUCGUAUGUGCAAGGAUAAAUUCGUUACCGGAUAUUACCGUACAUGGUCAUAUCGAUUUGCAAAGUGCGCAGUAGCGCGACACCGCGGUUCCUUUAUAUUCGACUGCCUAAUUGCAGAAAGCGAGAUUUCGUACAGUAAAUUAGACUAAAGCCCAUUCUACAAUCGCGUAAAUGUAGUUGUAAGUGGCUGUAGUUGUAAGAAUUGACUAAUCAUUUUCUUCAUAUUUGACUGUGAUUGGUUAAUUCAUACAACUAUAACCAUUUACAACUACGCUUACGCAAUUGUAGAAGGAUUUAACACGUGCGAUGCGACCGUCCGGUGUCAUAUAAUCCGCUAACAGCGGCUGGUGACGAAGUAUCGUGAGAGCGAGAAAUUACAUGAUAUCGUGUCUCUUUAAGUAAUAAUAAUUACAUUAACACAGCCUCGGGAAUCAAUUGUACCUAAAUUAUAGCAACGGGAAAAUUAAUUUGUAAAAGUAGAAAUAAUUAUGAAAUAAAGUGUUGAAGUUAUGUGAAAGUGAGCGUUUUUUCGUGAUUUACCAACUAGUGCUUCUCGUGGGUCCCAACUCUUUUGGGCGAAACAAACCUAAGAAAUUUUCUUUAUUGCAUUGAAAGUAUAUUCAAUAUGAGUGAAAUAAAAGUACAAGUAACUGAAGGAAAAUUAAUUGGCGUCGUUGUAGAUGGUUAUAAUGUUCGUUACCUUGCUUUUCGUGGAAUACCAUAUGCCAAACCUCCAGUUGGCGAACUCAGGUUUAAGGAUCCGGUACCACCAGAAUCAUGGUCCGGUGAUAGAGAUGCUUCGAAGUAUGGGAACAUGGCUAUUCAAAUAGAUUUUACCAGAAAAGAAGUUAUAGGAGAUGAAGAUUGUCUCUAUUUAAAUGUAUACACCACAAAGAUCAAACCUUCAAAAAAACGUUCGGUAAUGGUAUGGAUACAUGGCGGUGGCUAUUUUACAGGUUCUGGUAACGACAAUUUUUAUGGCCCUGAUUAUAUCGUGCAGAAAGACGUAGUAUUGGUUACUUUGAAUUAUAGAUUAGGCGUUCUGGGUUUUUUGAAUCUCAACGAUGAAGUAGCAACAGGUAAUCAAGGUCUGAAAGAUGUGGUUUUAGCAUUAAAAUGGGUUCAAACAAAUAUAUCAAAAUUUGGUGGAGAUCCAGAAAAUGUUACUAUUUUUGGAGAAAGUGCUGGUGGAGCCAUGGUACAUUGCCUAGCUCUAUCUCCACUAGCUAAAGGUUUAUUCCAUAAAGCAAUUUCACAAAGCGGCGUCGUUUUAAAUCCUUGGGCCUUCAAUGAAUGGAUGGAUGGAGGUUUUCGGCUUGCAAAAAAGCUCGGAAAGGAAACAACAGAUCCGAAAAUCGUAUAUGAGUUUUUAAAGACAACUGACGCGAAAACACUUACGGAAAAUUCAUAUCGAUCAAUUUUUACAGAAACAGAGAAAAUGAGUUUUACCGUGAACCUCUUCACACCAACUCUGGACACUAAGUCAUUAAAUCCAUUUUUUCCUGAACAUCCAAAGGAAUAUAUGAGCCGCGGAAUUCAAAUACCCUUCCUUUUAGGAUUUAAUCGUAAUGAAGGAACAUUUCUUUUAAAAGGAAUUUUUUUUGGAGAUAUAAGCAAGGAAGACUUGGAAAAAGUAAAUGCUGAUUUUAAAACAACAAUAUUAUCAAAUACAUUGUCUAAAUUGCCUAAAAUAGGAAUUACUGUCGACGACUUAAGAUCUCUAUAUUUUGGAAAAGAAGAAAUAUCAGAGGAAACUUUGACAAAUUAUUCAGAUUUCUUGGGAGAUGAAUUUUUUGUACGUGAUAUAAUGGAAGUAUGUGAAAUGCAAAAAUCUUCUGGUGGUUGCAAAUCUACAUAUUUAUAUCAUUUCGAUUAUGAAAGCGAAACUAUUAUGAAAAAAAUGUUAAACAUCGAAGUUAAAGGAGUGUACCACGGAGAGGAUUUAUUUUUCUUAUUUUGCCCAGAAAUGGCGAAAGCAAUGAACUUUUCGCUACCCGAACCUGGUUCGAAUGACUACACGAUGAUAAAUUACUUUACGCAAAUGUGGACGGAUUUUGCUAAAACAGGAAAUCCAACGCCUACUACAAAUUCAUGGUUACCAUUAACCGGUCCACAAAGUGAAGACUACAGUUAUCUAAAUAUUGAUAUAAAUCUACAAAUGAAAACCUUUCGUAAAGGAAAGGAACGCUGGAAUUGGGAAAAUCAUAAAAAAAUAUUCUAA